CCUCCCUGGUAAUUAAACCCAAAGCUGCUCGCUGAAAGUCAACAGAGCGGAGACCAGCGGUUCAGCUCAAUAUCCAACCUCCGAGCCCCUUAUACGCUCUCUGAAUAUUUAGAAGGCGUAUUUUACGAGCCAGAAUGGAUUCAACAAACGGCGGCUCCAUGAUGGAUGAGGCCAGAGGUGGAACUCUGCCACCAGGCCUGACUGAGGAGGAGGCUCUGGAGUUGCAACUGGAGCUUACAAAGGUGGAUGAUGAAAUUCAGACGCUGAAGCAGGUUUUGACCGCAAAAGAGAGGCAUGCUGGGGAAUUGAGGAGGAGACUGGGUAUAAGCCCUCUUUCAGAGAUAAAAAACAACAUCACCAAAGGCUGGCAUGAAGUCCAGUCCUCCAAUGCUUAUAUGAGAACCUCUCAGACUCUUGGGGACUUGAAUCAUAGAGUUGCGUCAUCUAACUUUUAUCUUACAGCUUCUGCCACUCUGGAGGACAUUAGCCGUUCUGACGCGUAUAAGAAGACUCAGGAGACUCUUUCCCAGGCUGGUCAGCUGACAUCAUCAGCUUUGUCCACAAUGGGUUCAGCUAUCAGAAACAGAUUUGGAGAAAUGAGUAACAACUACUCCAUGCGCCACUCCUUAAGUAUGCCCGCUAUAAGGAACUCGUCAACCUUCAAAUCCUUUGAGGAUAAAAUGUCCAAGGUAAUCGGAAGUGGAGCAAACGGUGAUGAUGAACACCCCCCGCCUGGCAACAACUCAGCCUUCUGAGUGGAAAGCACAAACGCAUCACCAGGACUGACCUCUGUGACCCAUACAACCCUGUGUCCCUCACUGCACUCCACUGAGAGAUAAGAGAUGCCCACGAAUGAACAAAUAAGGACUGUACUGAGGUCCCAGAAUGCUGUACUACUGCUACUUGUUUAGAAGACAAGCCUUUAAAAGCCUUGUGUGUAUGUAUUAAACUCUCGCCCCAACCUCUCAAACGGACAGUGGCAAUGCAUAAGGGGCCGCAGCUUUUUUGGAACAAAUGUUUUGCAGAUGGUUCAGAGAAAAUGUUCUGUGCACUAAUUUGUAUUUUGAAUGUGUAAAAAGGUUUUUGAAAUCAGGUCUGCUGUGAUGUUAGCAGUGAAUGUAGUCAUUUGAUGCAGUUCACUCAUGUAGAAGCAGCAUGACAGUUCGGAGUAUCAUAAACUCUCCUGUACACACUGUAGAAAACAAACAAACAAACGCUUCCUUGGCAGUAUAAGGCGCUGCUGUCGCAUAUGAUUGUUACAUUCUUAUUAUACUGCUUAUUAAAUGCUUAUUACUCAGGGCAAAAGGUGCUACUACUUACAGUACAAUGUGACUCACCUAACGCGUACUUUAUAACCGUUUUCACUGCUUGGCAGUAUACAAGGUAAACCCUUCCUGAUUGAAAUUGGAAUUGUUUUGCUUAUUCGGAACCUACACUUCACUUAGCCUUAGCCCUCCUUACACUGACCGGCCACAUAUUUUUAAUCUGUUACUCUAAGCAUAAAUGCUAUGUUUAUAUAUGCAUCUUGUUUUCUGGUGCACUGAAGGAUUCUGUUAAUUGUGUAUAUACUUUUGGUAUUUGGUUGUUUUCUUUUUUUUUCUUCUUGUUUUAUUCAUCCUGGUGAGACUGGUAAGGGUAGUUUUCAACUUUAAUACAAGGGCUUAGUUUACCAAGUUGAGACAUUGAGCUGUGAUUUUAAAAAAGGUUAAUAGCAGACAGACAGUGAGUUGGUCUAAUGUGAUUAGGGACGCUGAACUCGCACACUUGUUUUUUUGGUGUGGAAAGUUGAACUAAAAUAUAAAUCUUUUCACAGUUCUUUUGCAAUAUUAGCUGCUUGUAUGUGAAUUGCACACUUUGAAACAAUGAUAAUGAUUAAACCUAAGAUUGUAACCUUUCAUGAACCUGACUGCUGUAUCUGUGCUUGAGGCUCUGAAGCUGUACCAUAUUAAGGUUUUAGGGUAUUUCAGAUUGUUACCGAAAUGCUUAAAUAAAGGUAGAGGUGAAAAUGUU